UACAAAAAGCGUCCCGCCCUGCGCUCUUCACUUGACUCGGUCUGGCAGUCUCGAUCUUGGAGGCGGAGGCGCGCAGGGCAGCCUGGGUCCAGCCCACACCCCUCACCAGACUGACACCUAGUACUGAAUUCUUCUCCGGGACUCCGGAACCAGGGUCCCAUACUUCGCUUCGCUGAGCUUCCUGGGAAGGUUCCAGGUCAUUUGUAGGGAGACCCACACUUGACGUGUGUAAGGAGUCUCCAGAACCCAACUCCUCUGACCCCUGACCUCUGUCCUCCCUGGGCCAGGAGGCACCAUGUGGGGAUGUCGGCUGGGGCUGCUGUUGCUGCUGCUGGCUGGCCAGGCUGCCCUGGAAGCCAGGCGGAGUCGUUGGCGCAGGGAGUUGGCACCAGGCUUGCACCUGCGGGGCAUCCGGGACGCCGGUGGCCGGUACUGCCAAGAACAAGACAUGUGCUGUCGUGGCCGAGCUGAUGACUGUGCCUUGCCCUACCUGGGAGCCACCUGUUACUGUGAUCUCUUCUGCAACCGCACCGUCUCGGACUGCUGCCCCGACUUCUGGGACUUCUGCCUCGGGGUGCCACCCCCCUUCCCUCCCAUCCAAGGAUGCAUGCACGGGGGCCGCAUCUACCCAGUCUUUGGAACAUACUGGGACAACUGCAAUCGAUGUACCUGCCAGAAGAAAGGGCAGUGGGAAUGUGACCAGGAACCAUGUCUAGUGGAUCCAGACAUGAUUAACACCAUCAAUCGGGGCAAUUACGGGUGGCAGGCUGGGAACCAUAGUGCCUUCUGGGGCAUGACCCUGGAUGAGGGCAUUCGCUACCGCCUGGGCACAAUCCGCCCAUCUUCCUCUGUCAUGAAUAUGAAUGAGAUUUAUACGGUGCUGGGCCGAGGGGAAGUACUACCCACGGCCUUUGAGGCUUCAGAGAAGUGGCCCAACCUGAUCCAUGAGCCACUGGACCAGGGCAACUGCGCAGGCUCCUGGGCUUUCUCCACAGCAGCUGUUGCAUCUGACCGGGUCUCCAUCCAUUCAAUGGGACACAUGACACCCAUCCUAUCACCACAGAACCUGCUGUCCUGUGAUACCCACCACCAGCAGGGCUGCCGAGGUGGGCGUCUCGAUGGUGCUUGGUGGUUCCUGCGGCGCCGAGGGGUGGUAUCUGACAACUGUUACCCUUUUGCCGGCCGUGAGCAGAACGAAGCUGGUACCAAUCCUCGAUGUAUGAUGCACAGUCGCGCCAUGGGGCGGGGCAAGCGCCAGGCAACUUCCCGAUGCCCUAAUAGUCAGGUUGACUCCAAUGACAUCUACCAGGUCACGCCUGCCUACCGCUUAGGCUCCGAUGAGAAGGAGAUCAUGAAGGAGCUAAUGGAGAAUGGCCCUGUUCAAGCACUCAUGGAAGUACAUGAGGAUUUCUUCUUGUACCAGAGUGGCAUCUACAGCCACACACCUGUAAGCCAGGGGAGGCCGGAGCAGUACCGCAGACAUGGGACUCACUCGGUCAAGAUCACAGGGUGGGGAGAAGAGAAGCUGCCAGAUGGAAGGACAAUCAAAUACUGGACUGCUGCCAACUCAUGGGGCCCAUGGUGGGGUGAGAGAGGCCAUUUCCGAAUCGUGCGCGGCACCAAUGAGUGUGACAUUGAGAGCUUCGUGCUAGGCGUUUGGGGCCGUGUGGGAAUGGAGGACAUGGGGCAUUAAUGAGUGGCAGCCAUUAGGAGGGAUUCACAGCUACAGAAGAGGCCUUAGGGCCACGCCUGAUGAAGCAGCAACUUGGGUGCAGUCAGGGGGACCAGGUGCUAAUUCACAUACACACAGAUCCACUAAUGCAGCACCCGGCCUGGGAGCCAAAGAUGCGUGAGGCUGGUGGAGGUCCCAGGUGUCACAGCCGGAACUGGAUAGGGCCUGGUAUGGAAACUGCAGGGAGUGUAGAUCCGAGGCUCCUGGUCCGCCAGCCCAGGACCACAGGAGCUAAGACACCCCAAUCUUCCUACCACCCAACCCCAUUCCCAUUUCUUUUUGGUUGUUUCUGCCAAUCUCCCUGACCUCCGUUCUGGCUGUACCUUUCCAAAAACCCCAGUACUGUUUUCUUAGUCUUUAAAUAUAUUUAUUUUUCUUUUCACUGUUUUAAAAUAAAACCAAACUAUUGAUAA